AUUAUAAAGGUACACAGGCAGUCACAAACAUGAAACUAUGAAACUGGUAAUGACAAAAAUACAGCAAGUUUAAAGCAAUCGCAGUAUUAAACAUGUAAAACAGGCAAAUUUACUUGAUUGGCGUACCUUUGACAAGCUGCACACUGUAACCGUUAAUAAGGAAGUUACAGGCGGGACAAAGGUCUCUGUGGCUUUUCAAGGCCAAAAAGGAGAAGCAGCUAUUUACUUAGUCACUUGCCAAUAUGAGAGGGGACCAGAGGUUACGAAAGGAGGACAUGGUUAAGAAAUAAAAGUCAACACCACUGGAAUAAAGUUAAAAUUGGACUGCGUCAGCUCCGGCUUGAAGGAUUUUUUUGCUGACGUUAAGUGUUGUUUUAGUCAACACACCCGUAGCAGUACUGAAAAUAGAAACGUUAAGUUUUUUCUUGGGACAACAACGGAUUUUAAGCAGUUCAUACUAUGUGUGUAGCUUAGUAAACCGUAGCAAUGAUGAAGCUUUUAUCUUUCAAAAUCACCUCAGACCACUUGCUGCUGUGUGUCUUCCUGAAUCUUCUUUGGGGUGUCGCUGAGUCCAAUAUUUCAUCAACAGCAACAGUGACAGAUUCAAAAGCUACAACGACACCCUCUCUAACGGCAACCUCUCCAUUGACAACCUCUCCAAUGACAACCUCUACAAUGACAACCUCUACAAUGACAACCUCUCCAAUGACAACCUCUACAACGACAACCCUUCCAACAACAAAACCACCUCCUGACAACGUUAAGAAUGUGACAGUGUUGAGACAAAAUGUGAGCAGUAUCACUCUGAAGUGGGACAAGGUUAACAACAUCUCAACAUAUAUCCUACAAUAUAAUGACAGUGGUAGUACAAAAAAUGAGAACAUCAGUGCAACUCCUCAAGAGACAUCAGUAGAAUAUGUGGUCUCUGCACUUACUGCUGGGACAAAAUAUGUUUUCACUCUCAUCACUGUGUUUGAGGGAGUCAACAGCACUGGACACACAUUUACAGCUGUUACUGCUCCUCGUGAUACAGAAGUGUUUAAAUCAGUGGGACAAAGUGAGACCAGUAUAACUCUGCAGUGGAAAAAAGUGGACAACAUCCUCAAAUAUGCACUUAAAUUUAAUGGAGUGACAAGAGAGAUAAAUGUCACGGCAACAACGGGCGAUAACCUGAUGAACCACACCAUCUCAAAUCUCACAAGUGCAACAGAAUACAACUUCACUCUCUUCGCUGAGUUUGAGAACGUCAGAAGCAGUGGAGUAUACCACAUUGCAGCUACUGCUCCUCGUAAUGCGGAGGUGUUUAAAUCAGUGGGACAAAAUGAGACCAGUAUAACUCUGCAGUGGAAAAAAGUGGACAACAUCCUCCAAUAUACACUUAAAUGGAGUGAAGGAGUGACAAGAGAGAUAAAUGUCACAGCAACAACGGGAGAUAACCUGAUGAACCACACCAUCUCAAAUCUCACAAGUGCAACAAAAUACAACUUCACUCUCUUUGCUGUGUUUGAAAAUGUCAGAAGCAGUGGAAUAAACCUUGUUGCAUUGACUGAUCCUGAAAAUGUUAAGAAUGUGACAGUGUUGAGACAAACUGUGAGCAGUAUCACUCUGAAGUGGGACAAGGUUAACAACAGCUCAACAUAUAUCCUACAAUAUAAUGACAGUGGUAGUACAAAAAAUGAGAGCAUCAAUGCAACUCUUCAAGAGACAUCAGUAGAAUAUGUGGUCUCUGCACUUACUGCUGGGACAAAAUAUGUUUUCACUCUCAUCACGGUGUUUGAGGGACUCAACAGCACUGGACACACAUUUACAGCUGUUACUGUACCGAAGAAUGCAGAUGAUUUUAAAGUGGAGGGACAGAAUGAGACCAGCAUAACUCUGCAGUGGAAAAACGUGGGAAACGUUGACUACAUACUUGUGCUUGGUCCAGAAGAGAGAAACAUCUCCUCAUCAACAGGAGAUCAAGUGAACCAUACCAUCUCAAAUCUCACAAGUGCAACAAAAUACAACUUCACUCUCUUGUCUGUGUUUGAAAAUGUGAGAAGCAGUGGAGUAUACCUUGUUGCAUUUACUGCUCCUGAAAAUGUUAAGAACGUGAUAGUGUUGAGACAAACUGUGAGCAGUAUCACUCUGAAGUGGGACAAGGUUAACAACAGCUCAACAUAUAUCCUACAAUAUAAUGACAGUGGUAGUACAAAAAAUGAGAGCAUCAAUGCAACUCUUCAAGAGACAUCAGUAGAAUAUGUGGUCUCUUCACUUACUGCUGGGAUAAAAUAUGUUUUCACUCUCAUCACUGUGUUUGAGAGAGUGAGCAGCAGUGGACACACAUUUACAGCUGUUACUGCUCCUCGUGAUACAGAAGAGUUUAAAUCAGUGGGACAAAGUGAGACCAGUAUAACUCUGCAGUGGAAAAAAGUGGACAACAUCCUCAAAUAUGCACUUGAAUUUGAUAGAGUGACAAGAGAGAUAAAUGUCACAGCAACAACGGGAGAUAACCUGAUGAACCACACCAUCUCAACUCUCACAAGUGCAACAAAAUACAACUUCACUCUCUUCGCUGAGUUUGAGAAUGUCAGAAGCAGUGGAGUAAACCACAUUGCAGCUACUGCUCCUCGCAAUGCGGAGGACUUUAAAUCAGUGGGACAAAGUGAGACCAGUAUAACUCUGCUGUGGAAAAACGUGGACAACAUCCUCCAAUAUACACUUAAAUGGAGUGAAGGAGUGACAAGAGAGAUAAAUGUUACAGCAACAACGGGACAUAACCUGAUGAACCACACCAUCUCAAAUCUCACAAGUGCAACAAAAUACAACUUCACUCUCUUGUCUGUGUUUGAGAAUGUCAGAAGCAGUGGAGUAAACCACAUUGCAGCUACUGUGCCUGAAAAUGUUAAGCUCGUGACUGUGACACAAACUGUGAACAGCAUAACGCUGACAUGGGACAAGGUUAAAGAAAUCUCUACUUACAUCCUGCGGUAUGGUGACAGUGACUUGCCUGUCAAGGGAAACAGCAGCAAGUCUCAUCAAAACGAAUCUGUUACAUAUGUGGUCGCUCCGCUUACUGCUGGGAAGAAAUAUAAUUUCACUCUCAUCACUGUGUUUGAGGGACUCAACAGCACCGGACACCAAUUUACAGCUGUUACUGUUCCGCCAAUGGUGUCUUCAGUCAAUGUGACUGAACGCUCUGUGACCAGCUUAACUCUGAAGUGGGAGAAUUUGGAGAAGAAUUGGAACUACUUGCUUCAGAUUAAUGACAGCUAUGUGACAGUUACCCCGGAUGUACCCCCAAACGUUGUGUCACAUCCAGUCACACAUCUCAAGCCUGGGACAGAGUAUCCAUUCAGGGUGAUCACAAUGUUCUCUGGACUCAACAGCACUGCUUAUGAAGACUUCACAGUAACGGCCAUAGACUGUGCCAGUGUGAGCUGGCGUGUUACUAACUCAACAAUCCAAGGGACGGUUGAAGGCAUAUUCUCGAAUGCAACUGCCUCUAACAGACAAACUCAUGUCAGCACUGGAGGUAACAACGUGUUAUUUACCGGCCUUUACCCUGGCGCGACCUAUGAGGUGUUGCUUGCGUAUGAAAGAAAUUCUAAACGCUUUGAACAAUGUCGCCAAAAUCUAACGAUCUUUCCUCCAAGUUUACGUGCUCACUGUGAGUACUCAGAAGCUGGCUAUUCUAUCAUGAUUGCUUGGAAUAAACCAGAAGGUGUGUGGACUGAAGUGGAGGUGAAUGUGACGGGGCAAACUCACUUUGCAAAUGAAGGGGAGCAGUACAUUAAAAUUUCUGGAUUCCAACCUGCCAAAACAUAUGAAGUAUCUGUAGAUUCACUGUCUGGGACUGUGAGGAGUUACGAACCAUUUGUUUUUCUGUGCUCUACUGAUCCAAGAGGAGUCAUUGCAGGGGCAGUAGUAGCUGUGGUGCUCUUUGUUGUCCUGGUCUGUGUGGCGGUCUUCAUUUUAUUUAAAAGACCGGGUUUAAUGAGAAAAAAGCCAUUCAUUGGUGCAUCCAAACUAUCUGAUAAAAAUGACAAAACUAUUUCUGUAGCAAAGUUUCCUGACCACUUCAGCCAGUUAAGUGCAGAUGACAACAGAGGUUUUAGCCAAGAAUAUGAGAACCUUGUUCCUGUUGGCACGGAGCAGACAAGGAAAACAGCCAUUCUGCCUGAGAACAAAGCGAGGAAUCGUUUCAACAAUGUCCUGCCAUACGACUGGUGUCGAGUGAGACUGACUACGUCAAAUUCCAAUGUGACUUCGGACUACAUUAAUGCUAGUUACAUGCCAGGCUACAACAGCAACAGAGAAUACAUUGCCACUCAGGGUCCUCUGCCCUCCACUGUCGGUGACUUCUGGAGGAUGAUUUGGGAACAAAAAGCGAAACGCAUUGUCAUGGUAACCAACUGCGUGGAAGGAGGACGGACCAAGUGUGAACAAUACUGGCCUGCAGACAACAAGCCGUGCCUUUAUGGAGAGGUCCUGGUCACCACCAGAUCUGAGCAAAAGGAACUCAGCUGGACACUGAGGGAAUUUAGAGUGAAACAUACAAACUACUCAGAAGAGCGCACAGUGAAACAUUUCCACUUCACAGCCUGGCCUGACCACGGAGUCCCACAAGGCACCAAAGUCCUGAUCCAGUUCAGAGGACUGGUGAGAUGGCACAUAGAGAGAGAAGGGACUGGAGCACCAACUGUGGUUCAUUGCAGCGCGGGAGUGGGGAGGACAGGCACUAUAAUUGCCUUGGAUGUGCUGCUUCAGCAGUUAGACAAAAAAAGAGCAGUGGGCAUCAAUUCUUUCGUGCACAAGAUGAGACUGUAUCGACCAUACAUGGUGCAGACAGAGUCUCAGUAUAUUUUUCUGCACCACUGCAUCAUGGACAGUCUUCAGCCAGAUGAAAACAUAUAUGAAAAUGCAGACAUGAUAUAUGUCAAUGCCACUGCACUCCGAGAGCUUCGUUAACACAAGACGAAUGCCUGCACUCAACGAGACUGUCAGCCCUGUCAGGCAGGUUUUUAUGCACUCAGUGAAAAUAUAAUUCAACAUAUGACAAGUCAACAUACUGUAAUUUGUUAUAAGCUGUAAAUAUGAAGAUUUUUAUGACAAACAUAUGCACUGUAUAUUCAUAGUACACUUUAGGUUUUUAUUUAACUUUUUAAUUUUUGCUCCUUUAAUCUGCCAAAAGUGUAAUAUAAUAAUUAUUAAUAUUAUUAUUAUUUUGUGUGUGUGUGUGUGCGUGGGGGGGGGGGGGGUUAAGAACACUCCAGAUGACCACAGAAUGUUUUCACAUUCCAUUUAUUAACAA